ACAUUCAAGAUUUAAUAAUUUUUUUUUAAACAUUUCAAUAGUAACACACAUAUACAUUCCAUUACUGUGGCGCACGCGUAUUAGCGUAAUUUUCCUAAAAGAUUCAGGAACUUAGAAUACGCCACGAAACGCGUUAAUAGCGUUCGACAUUUUUGAUUUAGAAAUCAGUUAUUGAUCGAUGAAUAUAAUGUUGUAAGUUAAUCGCAAUGAACGGGAAAUCAGGUAUAGUGUAAUCGAAAGGAUUGCAGGUUCGAAUAAACAGAAAAAGAUUUGCUGUCGGCAUAAUUAUUAUGACAGUCUUAAGAGGAUAUCAUAGAAAAUACGGUAUAGUAAGACAUUCCACAAACAUUGGGACAUAGUUAGCAUUGAUUUAUAAGGCACAAUUAACAUAAAAGCCAUACAACUAAAAGGCAUACGACUCUACGCUAGACCGGUGAGUUCCAACACAAAAUAUUGCUUGGUAGUACGGCGGACACUCAAAGCCAACUAACCAUGUCUGUACAAAGUGUUGCUCUGGCAUCUCUCACGGCCACCUAUACCGACUCGGAGGGCGAAGACGGGGUGGAAGACGACCUUCAGGAGAAUUCGAACACUCCCCAGGGGGCCGCCCCGCAUAAUGCCCAAGUCGGUCAGCCCCAGGCUUUCACCAGUCCCAAAUCUGGCAGAUCAGCCUCAAAUAGUCCCGUCGUUGCUCCCAGCGUCGGUGGCAAGUCUAGUAACGAUUUGUCGAACGCGCCCACCUUAGUAACAGAUGUAACAUCUAAGGUGCAAAGAUUGGUUUCAUACUUUGAUGACACAAUAGUCUCCGAUGAGGAGGGAGUGGUGCAAAUACCGGUCGACGGACAACCUUUUGAAAACGGAAGGUCCUCCUCGAUUACGGAACGCUCUCCCUCUUGUCAAGGAGAACAGUUAGUUUCAGAUAAUGAGGUUGAUCCAUAUGGCGUCACUAUACCACCCGAGCCACCGGGGCAGUGUCCUGCAGAAUUACAAGAGAAGAUAACAAAACUUUUUAGGAAAAUGGAGAGCGGCGGUUUGGACAUGAACAAAGUUAUACAACAAAGAAAGGAUUUUAGAAAUCCGUCUAUUUAUGAAAAACUUAUUCAGUUUUGUAGCAUCAACGAGCUGGGCACCAAUUAUCCACCAGAUAGGUUUGAUCCGUUUAAAUGGGGUAAAGAUUCUUAUUACGAGGAACUGGCCAAGGUACAAAAAGCGGAAAUGGAUAAACUUGAAAAAGCUAGGAAGGAGAAGACAAAAAUUGAAAUUGUUUCUGGUACAGCUAAGCGACCAAAUAGUUCUAGUACGAGUGAAGAUGACGCUAAGAAAAGGAAAAGUAAAUGGGAUCAAGUGGCAACUGGAGCCACUGUUUCGGUAAAGCCUACCGUUUUAUUGUCUCAGCCGACUCUUACCACUUUGACCUCGUCUGCGACUGGCACCAAAGCAACGGUAAUAUCUGCUUUUGGAUCUUUACCAAAGAAAAGACUGUAACAUACUUUGUAUAUCAUUUGUAAAUAUUACUCCUUUCGGAAAAGCAACAUUUCAUUCUUCAUUUAACGUUUUUUAUCAUAUAAAUAUGUAUACACUCAUGCGCCAACAUCUGAUUGUAUGUUCAUACGUACAUGCUAUACAUUAUACAUCAUUUGUAAACUCCGUUUAUCAUAAUUACUGAUCACUGAAAUUACUGAACUUUCAUUUGGUUUCUAAUCUUACGUUUGUAACAAAGUAUUGUAAAAAUAUGUUGCUAAUAUAAUUACGAGAGUUAUGUACCUACAACAACAGGAUAAAUCAGUAAUUGCCAAUUAAAGAGAGUACAGAAGGUUCAGUAACAGAACGAACGAUAAUGGAAUUCGUGAAAUGGAAAAACAGGGUUUUAAAACAAGAUCAGCUAACUAUUAUUAUCUUGAUUUCCUUCAUGCUUUUUUACCACGUUAAAUUCAAAACUUAUAUUCAAUCUUUUAUGUUUUUCCUUCGUUAAUUAUAGUUUUUCUGAGUUAAUAAUAGGUUUUGGUUUCGAUAAAUUGGAAAAACAGAAAAUGAAAAUAGUUGGUCGAACAUGAAGGAAAUUACUUCGGUUCUUUAUGUAAGUAUAUAUAUAUAUAUAUUACAUGGUAUCGAUAGAUACAUUGUACGCUCGCUGAUGAACAAUACGCUCGAGAUAUUUCUAUAAGUUAGUUGUAAUGAACAUUAAAAUAUUGUAAUAUAAUGUAUACUGUUGUAAUAUGUGCUGCCAUUGCAAACAUUUCGAAAAAAAAUCGAUCGGAAUUCUUUCGGGUUUGAUUAUCGUUAAAGUAAAACAAAAAGAGAAAAAAAAGUUAAUAUCAUUUGUAAUUGUAAAUUUACAAAAAAAUGUUGAUAUUUAUCGAUUCCGAAUUAGGGCUUGUUUAUUUCCUUUAAAUUUAAAUAAACGAUCGCUAGAAA